AUGCCUGGUAGACCAAAAACUAAAAGAGUUAGAGAUGUGAGUGAAAAGGGUGGAAACCAUAGAGUUUCUAAGAAGGGUCAGAAGAUAUCAUGUAGUUUGUGCAAAGUGGAAGGACAUAAUAAGAAGACAUGUCCAAAUGUUGAUAGGUCAAGACCAAACAAGUUACCAACUAGGGUUAACAGGACUACAAAGAAAAGGACUGCAAAAGUGGCAAGUGGAAGUAGGACAGGAAUGGAAGGUGGGGAUACACAUGGUAGUAGGGUUAAGACGACUAAGUCAACAAAGUGUGAAAAUGUGAAGAAAAUGACUGCAGAAGUGGCAAGUGGAAGUAGGACAGGAAUGGAAGGUAGGGAUACACAAGGUACUACGGAGAGUGGGACUACACAAGUGACAAGGGAGAGGGGUAAUUUUGUAAUUCCCCAGGUUAAGAAGAGGAAAAAGAGUUAA